AUGAGGGGUAGGAGAUUUAAUAACAAAGAUAAACCCAAUAAAAGUGGGAAAUGGAGGAAAGGUCAGAGCUCGAGCAGUAAUCCUGUAACGAAAAAGUUUAGAGAGGCGGCUAAAAAUAGAAUAUUUCAUAAAAAUACAGGUCCAAGCAGUUUGACUGUUGCAGCUCUAGCGAAACACAAUGCUGAUGAUGGUGAUCCAGAAACGCAGUCUAUUGUUUCUACUGAAGAUGCCAGGAGUGUUACAGCUAAAACAUUUAGUACAUGGGCCACCAAUUGGACAGAUUGUACAAAUGCAACUUUUAGUAGAGUUCAUAGGUAUUGGUCAUCUAACUCGGCAAUGCAUAAAGAAAUAUUAGCAGUAUUAGCAGCUGUUACAGAAGUCAUCAAACAACAAGGUGGUACAGAAUCAGAAACAGAAUAUUUUGCUGCUUUGAUGACAGCUUUAGAAAGUGCUGAAUCAAGAGAAUCCUUAGCUGCCAUUGCUUAUUUAUUAAAUUUAGCUAUUAAGAAAGUUCCUGCAGCUGUUUUAAAGAGUCGUUUUUCUCAAGUAUCAAAACAAUUACUAGAUUAUUUAGCCAAAUAUUCUGAUGGAGCCUCUACAUCUCUAACAAAAUCUUUGUUGUUAUGUCUGGCUGCUGUGUUAAGAGUACAAGAUCAAGGUGUAUGGAAUUAUGGUUCAACACAUCAAAUAUACAACAGUAUCUUGACAUUCAUAACCCAUAAAAAACCUAGGAUAAGAAAGACAUGCCAUCAAGCUGUAAAGAUAAUAUUAAAAGGAAGUUUAUUUAUGUUAAAUGAUGACAAUCCACCCUACCACCCAGCUUCAUCAUUAACAGCUAAAUAUUGUAAUACAGAAAUAGAACAAUGUGCAGGUUCAAGUGAUGUUGUUAAUACUCUCUAUACACUUGGUUUAUUAAAAGAAAUAAUGGGUACAUUCUCUCAUAAUAGUUUAAAGUCCACAUGUGAAAAUAUACUGAGAGUCAUGACUAUAAAUAAUCAGCUAGUAAAGGCUGGAGGUAUGCAAGCAUUACAUGGUAUGUUUUCAUCUUUUCCUAAAUCUACAAAUUUACCUGGUGAAUUAAACGCUCAGAUCAUCACUGCGUUAUAUGAUUAUCAGCCAUCAGAACAUGAUAGUCAACCUAUGAGAGCUUGGUUAGCUGUUAUGGAGAAAGCUCAUGUUAAUUUAGUAAGAAAUGAUGAGAAAUUAGGAGUCAGUCACCUACCAAAGUUAUUUUCUAUUAGCAUGACUUGUUUAUUAUCAAAUAAACCAGAAGUUGUCAGUUCAGCAGCUAAUACAUUAAAGAUACUACUGUUAGAUUGUGUUGCACCUACUCUUGAUUACCAACAAGUUUUAGUAGAAUCUGCUCCAAAAGGUUCCACUACACCAAUACAUAAAAUAGUUACAGUUUGUCAAAGUGGGCUAAGUUACCAGUUUUUAUCAGCCUGGAAGAAUGUCUUUCAUCUGUUAGGUGUUUUAUAUGAGGUAAGUUAUGGUAAAUCUUUUCUUGAUUUCUUUGCACUGAUGUUAAUUACACUAAUAGAAUUGAGAGAAACACCCAACUGUUCAUAUAAAGGUGAAAUAGACCAAGUUUUAGGCUGUGCUAUAAGAGGUAUGGGGCCUAGAAUUGUACUGGAUAACGUACCUCUGAAUAUUACUGGAGAAGAAGAUGAUCACCACUUUCCACGAAGUUGGAUGUUACCUAUUUUAAAUAACAACAUACAGAAUACAGAGUUAUCUUUCUUCUCAUCAUAUUUCUUACCAUUAGCAGCAAAAUGUCGACAAAACUGCUUACGGUUGCGAUCAGAGAAGAGUUUUGCUCUGGCAACAGCUUAUGAUGCCUUACAGAAACAAUUCUGGUCUUUAUUACAAGGUUUCUGUAAAAACCCUACAGAUUUACCCACAGCAUUUAAAUCAGUAGCCAAGAUAUUAGGUACAGCAAUAUCAGAACGAGAUGAUCUAAAAAUAGAAGUAAUGGGAGCUUUAAGAAAAUUAAUCAACAUAAAUCUAGAAAAUGAAACAAAUAAAGCAGAGUUAGCCAAGUUUGCUAAGAAUUUCCUACCGAUAUUGUUUAAUUUAUUCACAUCGGAUCCUAAGAAAGAGAAAGAGAGUUGUAGACUAUCAGCUCUAGCUACUAUCAAAUGUUAUUUACAAAUAACUGAUGAAAAGUUAGCAGAGUCAUUCUUUGAUACAUGUAUGAGUAAAAUAAAUGAUGAAGACAUUACACAAAGUAGAAAAUUGGCCCUGACUGAUUUAGUGGCAGCCAUAUUACCCUAUGUUCAACAAGAUAGGUUACAGUUGAUUUUUGAUAUGGCUAAACCUAAUUUAAAGUCAACCGAUCAUCAGUUACAGAAGAAAUCUUACAGAAUCCUAGAAGAAAUUUGUUCAAUGAAAUCAGAUACAAGUAAAAUAUUUGUACAAGAAAACUUGAGUAAAAUACAGAAAAUAUUAACUGGAGCUUUAUCCAAAUCUAGUCCUUCAUCUAAAACUCCAAGAUUAAGAUGUUUAACACAUAUUGUACAGAAUUUGGAGAAAAAACAGAUGAAUUUUAUCAUGACACUGUUACCAGAGGCUAUAUUAUGUACUAAAGAAAUAGGGGGGCGUGCUAGAACAGCAGCCUACACAUUAUUAAUAUCAAUAGGUAAUGCCAUGAUCAGAUGGAGAAAGGAAAAAACAGAAUCAGUAAUAUAUGAAUAUAUAAAGUUGAUAUUAGCUGGUCUGGCUGGUACACCUGAAAUGGUCAGUGGUUCAUUGUUUGCUUUAACCAGAAUCUUUUAUCAAUAUAAAGAUAAAGUUGGAUCUGAGUGUCUGGAUGACCUAGUAGAAAAUGUGUGUUUAUUAAUGACAUCUAAAUCAAGAGAGAUCGUCCAGUCUUCAUUAGCUUUUAUUAAAGUGAUGUUAUCAGCAUACAAAGAUACCACAUUAGCUGGCCAGUUAAAAACGUUGGUGAAUGGUCUUGUCUCAAUGAAAGAAGAUUGUAAACAUCAUUUUCAUUUGAAGAAUAAACAAAUUUAUACCAAAUUAAUCAAGAGAUUUGGAUAUGAAGUAAUCUUUAAAUUGACACCAGAUGAUGUUCAUAAGGUUUUAGCUAAUAUACGGAAAAGAUUGGAGCGAGAAAAACGAAAUCAAAUUGCUGAUUCAGAUGAUGAUGAUGAUUCUGAUGAUGAAGAAGUCACAAAAAACAAACCAGAAACGAUAGAUGAACUAUUACGUGAUACUGAUUCAGAAUUAGAUGAAGAUGACAAUGAGAAAAAGACAGAAAGCUGUAAGAAAAAGAAAGGAAAAAAGACAUUUAUUCAGGAGGAAGGAACAGAUAUUGUUGAUUUCUUAGAUCCAUCUGCUAAUAAAAAAAUAUUGUGUAAUAGAAAUGAUAAUGAAAGAAAUAAGAAACGUGAAGAAUUAUUUAAACGUGGUGGAGAUGGAAGAUUAGUUAUUACGACUGAACAAGAUGAUACAGGAGAGAAAUUAGAAUCUGAUAUGGAAGACGAUCUAGAAGAACUAAUGGCUUCUAUUGAUGGACGAAAAAAGAAAAGUCGUAAGAGAACGUUUGAAGAUAUAGAUGAUUCUGAUGAUAAUGAUGAUGUUAUAGAUAAUAAAAAAUAUAAAGCUGGUGGUAAAGGUAUUCAUAGAUCACUAGAAAGUACUGGCAAAGAUAAAUCAGGAUUUGGUGUAGAAUAUAAAGCAAAGAAAGCAGGUGGUGAUGUCAAGAAGAAAGGCAAACCAGAUCCUUAUGCUUACGUCCCACUCGAUUACAAAAGAUUAAAUAAAAGGAAGCAAGCCAAGUUAAAGGGACAGUUUAAAGGAUUUGUAAAAGGAGCUAAGAAAGGUGCAGUGAAGGGACAAAAGCAAAGAAAACGAUGA